GUCUUUAAAUACUUUCAGUUCUUAAGUAUUGCACCAGUAGUACUUACUUAGUCUAGGGACAAAGAGCUACAAAGAGAGAAGUGUUUAAAAAAAAAACAUAGUAGGAGAAUUGAAAAAGGAGGAUUUGGAUCAGUAACUUAAUCUGCUCAGCUAAACCUGGACAGAACCUUGGGUUUCAGGACUAUCUUUUGAAAUGGCUCUCCUGUUCUUUGUCUUGGUCUUAACUUUUAUCCAGGCUGAAUUUGAAAGCGUUUCAGCCUCAAAUGUCCUCUUUGGGCCAAAUCAGGUAACUGGAUUGAUGGACGGUUCUGUGAGUAUCAAAUGCUUCUAUCCUCCCACAAGUGUGAAUAUUCAUUCCAGGAAGUACUGGUGCAAGGAAUCAACAAGACGCUGUUACACCUUUAUUUCAUCUAAUGGUUUUGUGCUCAAAGAUUACAAAGAUAGAGCCUCCAUAACUGACUUUCCAGAGAAUGGCAUGUUCAUCAUAGAAAUAUCAGACCUGAAAUUGAAAGAUGUGGGUCUAUACAGAUGUGGCAUUGGUUUAAAUGACUAUGGAUUGUCUUUUAAAAUCAAGCUGGAAGUUACUCAAGACCAAGUACUACCCGAGGAAGCACAACUUUAUUAUGCUGAGCAUCAAAAAACAGUGAGCAUGACUUGUGACUUUGGUAUUCAGUAUGCAAGUUACAGAAAAUACCUGUGCAAGAUGACAAAGACCAAUUGUUACACUGUGAUUGAUACAUUUGGAAAUGUGGAACCACCCUACUUAGGAAGAACUCUGUUGACCAAUCUUGGUACACCUGGAUCUUUCAGUGUCAUUAUGAGCCAAUUAAAAAAAGAAGAUUCAGGUUUAUAUCUUUGUGGAGUUGGGAAUUAUGGAGCAGAUGGAGAAUCCAAAAAGCUAGAUCUACAUGUCUAUGAAGAUGGAUUGGCACCUGAACAACAGUCAGUGUUAAAUGGAGUCCAAGGUGGUUCUGUCACUGUUGAAUGUCAUUAUAAACCAAAAGAGAAUGAUACAUUGAAAUACUGGUGCAAGUGGAAACAACGUGGAUGUACUGAAUUAAUAAACAGUAAUGGCUUUGUGAUGGAUUCCUAUGAGGGAAGACUUGUGAUGCAUGAUGAUCCAGAAAAUGGCACAUUCACUAUCAUACUGAACCAACUGGAAAAGGAUGACAUAGGCUAUUAUUGGUGUAUGACUAAUGGAAAAGGGGAAAGGAAGUCCUCAGUAGAGGUGAAGAUUGUAGAAGGGCAACCUUCAUUACUAACAAAGAAACAAGUUCGCGCUGUUGCUGGCUCCUCUCUGACUAUAUCAUGCUCUUAUCCAUGCAAAUAUUUUACAAAACAGAAAUAUUGGUGCAAAUGGAAGAACACUGAAUGUAAACCUCUCAUCUCAUCUGAACAAAACCAGACCGGCUUGGUAGUUAACUGUGACAAAGAUAGUAGAACUUUAUCUUUGAACUUUGACCAGGUGACACCCAUAGACCAAGGAUGGUAUUGGUGUGGUGUCAAACAUGGACAGCAAUAUGGAGAAACAGUUGCAUUGCAUCUGCAAGUACAAGGAGUACUUCUAAAUUUGGAAGAAGCAUCCAGAAUCAAUGAAGAUCUCAGUAAGAUUGCCAUUCCUGGAAUAAAUCCUGUCAAUAGGAAUUCUCCCUUAGACAAAGCUAAUCAGGCAGCUGAAAGUGAAACUUCAGCAGGCAGCCAUGAUGAAAAUAAGAACUCUGUUGUUCUUCUUGCCACUUUGAUACCUUUUGGAAUUGUGUUUCUACUUCUCAUCACUGUCUUUACCAUAAAGAAGUUCAGAAUAUUUGGAAAUUCUGAUCUUGUAUCAGUUGGAAGCUACAGGACAAAUAUCAGCAUGACAGAGUUUGAGAAUGUGAGACAGUAUGGGGCAAAGGACAAUGCACACCUGGAAGAGUUUCAUGAGACCCAAAUGGGAAAGAAGGAUGAAUAUUCAUGCACUUCUGGCAGUCCCAAGGAGGAUGGAAAAUCAAAGAAACCAAAGAGGGGCUCUAAAGAGGAAGCUGAAAUGGCUUACACAACAUUCCUGCUUCAGUCAGAAAACAUUUCUUCUAAAGUAUCCUCCUCAGACCAAGCAGCUGAAUAAUAUCAUUUGGGGCAGCUCUGAAGAUCAGUGAAAACCAAUUAUGCCUUAAUGAUUGAAGACAGAUCAUGACUGGAAUCAGCAAACAUAUACUCAUUUUGAUAAUUUCUCAGAUAAUUUCAGUGUCAUCACAACUUAUCCAAUUAUACCCUUCUGCAUCUGAUAUAUUGGUUUAAAGAGUUAAACAGCUUUAUUCAAAUUGAACCAUAAACUUCUUAAUCUUAUAAACAUAACCAACUGUGUUUUGAAAUGAUAUUCAGAAAUUUUGCAUGUGAUUUGGUUGUCUUCCUAUAAAAGGCAGAAAUUCUAUAGAUCCUAAUGGCAAUGUGUUUUCAUAAAAUACUGGGUUAUUUAAUAAGGGGGCAUGGAAGGAUUUCCCCCCCAUUAGUCUAACCCAAAAUUAAGCAUACUGUAUUCUCUCUGGAGAGCUCAGGGAGGAAGCAUUAGAAUGAUUAUCCUUUUUUUUCUUGUUCUUUUGACAACCUUAUUCUGAUGUCUUUAGGCUGAGCAAUAAUGGCUAGUGGUCUAAAUACAUUUCAGGACUGGACAGGGAUUUUCAUCACCCCACCCUAAGUCUUGUGCACCCUGGACCUUCAUCUGGGAGAAGAGAAGACAAUAAAAGAAAUGGCUCUGGGCUUCACAUAAGGAGAGGACCCCAUCUAAACCAUUGAUCUUUUAAUUCAAGGCAGUAAAAUAGAUAAAUUAAAAUUCAAUCCCAAAUUAGUUGCACUUUUAGGGUUUUACAAUAUAUAUUUCUUUUUUUGAACCAUUGAUAGUGGCAUUCACAGCAACGAUUACACCUAUAAUACAAUAACAAUAUGGUUGUAUAGGGAUCUCCAAUGAUUGCCCUCUCCUUGGAGCUUUUACAAUUUUACAAAGUCUCAGGCUACAAUACACUUAAAAACUCCACUGAUACCAAAUGUUAGAAUGCUUUAAAUGUCAAUAUAUUGAAGAAUGGGACAACCUCGAAAAAACUCUGAGCAGCAGGCAGAAUUAAAUCUUUUACUUUAAACCAAAUCACAAGAAUUGAGUGAAUUAAACUCAGUUACAUCUGAAAAACAGAAAAAGCCCAAGCAUCAAAGUGCAAUAAGAAUAAAUUUAAAAAUAUUUUUGUUUUGUGUGUUUUAUUGUGCAAAUUAACAGUCUGAGUAUUUCCAUGAUAACUGCAGGAUGUCAGUUGGGUAGUCUGCAGACCCUCCACUGUUUUGCAACCAUCCCCAUGUGGCUUAAUAAAUGUAUUAACUGGGUAUACUAAAAUGUUCUGCAUUCACUACAAUGAAUCUGAUUUAAGCCAUGUAGAAUCAUCAUCCUCAUACAGAUAUUUUAAAGUCAAAACUGAAGGCAAAAGCAUUUGAUGCUGAUUACGAUCCCUGAGUUCUGAAUGAAUUUAGCUAUUGAUGUGCUUUUGAAAAACUAUUUUUUAAAAAACAUUUAACCAUCUUUUGAAAUGCUAAUGAUUUUAUCCGAUCAUUAUGGAAUCAACGAUUUGAAGACACAUAUAAUGUUUAUUGUGUUAUGUUUUCAUAAAUAAAUAUUUGAUUA